AUGUCAAAUCUUGCAAAGCUUGAAUUUGCGGCCCUUGAUAUUUCGGGGAAGAAUUAUUUAUCAUGGAUUUUAGAUGCUAAAAUUCAUCUAGAUGCAAUGGGUUUGGGUGAUGCUAUUAAAGAAGCAAAUAAAGCAUCUGAACAAGAUAAAGUUAAAGCUAUGAUUUUCCUUCAUCGCCAUCUUCAUGAACGGUUGAAAAUUGAAUACCUUACUGUAAAAGAUCCUUCUGUAUUAUGGAAAAAUUUAAAAGAAAGAUAUGACCACCAGAAAACUAUGAUUUUGCCAAAAGCUCGUUAUGAUUGGAUGCAUUUACGGUUGCAAGAUUUUAAAACUGUAAGUGAAUAUAAUUCUGCAAUGUUUAGAAUUACUUCUUAA